UUACAGUCUUUUUCUCAACGACUUAGUAUUGCACCUAAUUAAGAGAUGAUCAACUCUAAGUUUUCUCUUCUCUUUGUUCUAGAUGCUCUUUUCUGCUUUCUUGGUGCCAUGCAGCUUGUAUCUUCCCGGGUUGACCCGAAGGCUACAAACUUUAUUAAGCCGUCCCUGAUGGAUUCAAGGAACUACAUGCUUGAGGAAGAUAAGUCAUUUUACCAUCCCACUGCUUGUGGUGAAGGCCCUAGUGUGGGUGGGGGUGAAGCGUCAGGAGGAGGUUCUGGUUAUGGUUAUGGGGAAGGGUAUGGUGAAGGCAUAGGUAGUGAUGGUGAUGGUGGUAGAGAUGGAGGAUAUGGAGGUGGGGGUGGUGGAGGUAGUGGCGAAGGAAUGGGAGAUGGUGGUUCUGGUUAUGGUAGUGGAAGUGGUUAUGGUUAUGGGAAUGGAACUGGAACUGGAGCGAGUGCAGGAGCAGGUGCAGGAGGAGGUGGUGGAGGCGGCAGCGGCGGCGGCGGCGGCGGUGGUGGUGGUGGUAUGGAUGGAGCUAAUGGUAAUGGAUGUGGUGAAGAGAAGUAUAACAAUAAAAAAAUGACUUCUAAUUUCAUGAUUUUGGUGAUUUUGGGAACUUUAAUGUACACAACUUUUGCUCGAGAGCUUAUCGGGUUAGAUUUUCCCGAUAAUAAUGUUCCACAAGUUACAGGCUCAUUUGGAGGCGGAGGUGGUAGUGGAGGACAUGUUGGUCCAGAUGGUAUAGACUUUGGAGCAGGUAUCGGUGUUGGAGGUGCAGUAAGUGUACCCGGUGUUGGGUCAAUUGGCGGUGGUGGAGGCGGCGGAAUAGGUGGAAGCAUUGGCAGAGAUGGAUCGGUCUCUAUGGGAGGUGGCGGCGGGAUGGGCAUCGGUGGUCAAAUCGUGUCAACACAAUAUUCAAAGGCGUUCAUUUUUCUCAUUGUUGUGGGGUUACUUGCACAUGACACAUCAGCAAGAAAACUCUUGGGAGAUGCAGUAGCUACAAUCUUUGAGAUCCCUGCUGGAGUAAAUGGUGUAGGAUUUGGUCAAAUUAUUGGAGGAGCUGGCGGCAGCAGUGGCGGUGGCGGUGGAGGCGGUGGAGGAGGUGGUGGUGGUGAUUUUAGUGGCGGAUAUGGUUCCGGAUUUGGAUUUGGCUUCGGUAGCGGCCAAGGAUCGGGUUUAGGCGGUAGUGGUGGUGGCGGCGGCGGUGGUGGAGGUGGUGGUGGUGGAGGCGGCGGAGAUAAUGGUGGUAGUGGUUAUGGAUUUGGGAUCGGUGAAGGUUUCGGCGGCGGCGGCGGCAUCUAA